CACAGCGAGAAGCGACGUCCUGAUGCAGUGAUCAGAGCUUUUAUUCCCACGAACUCUGACACACGCAGCAGAAAAAAAAACACUUCACACUGGAAAACUGUCAGCAGACACAGUGAAGCAUCAUGACAACAUUACUGGACCUGAAGAGUAGUGUGCUGAGGCAGGUGCAGAGGAGCCAAUCGCUGAGAAGCCGGAGGGAGCCGCCUCCCACUGCCAGCAGCCCCCUCACACACAGUCCGGAGUCCUUACCCCGCAGGAUUUCAGAGGAGAGCGUGGAGUUCUUUGAACGUAUGAAUGCCAUCCUGCAAAAACAGGAGAACAUGAUGCGGGCGGCCCAGGCUGAGUGCCAAAAAGGGGCCUGCACAGUGCCGCCACCACAAGAGUAUGUGGACCAGGCCUUUAUCGCUGAAAGAAUCAGCAGGACGGAGCUGGAUCUGCUUUAUGAGGAAGCUGUGUACACGGUGGUCAACAGGGUCGGCGUUCCUACACCAGAACAUGUGAAAAGUGAUGACGAGCUGUUUGCUUACCUCUUGAAGGUGUUUGAUAUGGGUGAGGAGGAACAUGACAUUAUUCUCCAAAAAGUUCAAGAAUCAAAGCGAGCCAGUUUUUCCUUGAGAGUUUCUGUCAUGAAAGCAAAAAAUCUGAUGGCCAAGGAUGCAAAUGGGUACAGUGACCCCUACUGCAUGCUGGGAAUCCUGAUGGGCCAGAGCCCCCGGGAAACAGAGGAGAAGAAGGAGAGAAAGUUUAGCUUCAGGAAGAGGAGGGAGAAGCUGGAGAAACGCUCCAGCACCAAGGAGGUGUUACCUGCCAGGUCUAUCCAGGUGACUGAGGUCAAACCAGAGACUCUCAACCCAGUGUGGGACGAGCAUUUUGUUUUUGAAAUAGACGAUGUCCACAAUGACCUCUUACACCUGGACAUAUGGGAUCAUGAUGAUGACGUAUCUGUUGCGGAGGCCUGCAAAAAGCUCAAUGAAGUUAGUGGACUUCGAGGAAUGGGCAGGUAUUUUAAGCAAAUAGCCAAAUCAGUGCGAUCCAAUGGAUCGGCAUCAUCAGGCUCUGAGGAGAACGCUGAUGACUUCCUCGGAUGCAUCAACAUCCCUCUAAAUGAGAUGCCUGUUGUUGGCUACGACACCUGGUUUAAACUGGAGCCUCGAUCAAGUGCAUCUAAAGUCCAAGGGGAAUGUCACCUGAUUCUGAAAUUGUUCACCAACCAGAGAGACACAACUUUAUCCAAGAGGGACCCAAAUGUCUCCAUUCACAGGAAACUGUUGACUCAGAUAGUGGAGUAUGAGCACGCUCAUGUUAAGAGAGAGCCGUACAACUGGAAUGGGCAGGUUUCUCCUCCAGCUUGGACUGUGCUCACUCACCAUGCUGUGCAAACUGAUCUCUCACCUCUCCAGCAGGCUAUUAUUCGCUGGCAGUGCUACAGCAACCACCAUCGAAACCAGAGGGUGUGCUACUCCCUGCUGUUGCGCCUCCUGAGGACCAUCGAUGCAGAGUGGGAUCCCCCUGCUGUGCGUGGAGACCUGGAGAGGCAGCUGUCAGACAGCUUCAGGCUGUACACAGAGCACUGCCUGUGUCUGAUGAAGAACAUGCGUCAGGUUUUCCCCUGCACCAGCGCCGCUGCCAUUACACGCUACGAGCUCAUGCUGAGGGGUAUUGGCUACAUGCAAAAUAUGAGGGCAUUCAAGACUGUUUGCCCUCUUCGAAAUGAGCUCCAUUUGGACAUCACUACCGCUGUCAAGAAAGGAACAGCUGAGUGGUACGAGAGCUUGAUUGCUCAAUACAAACCAGAGGAAGGGACUCUGGAGGAGCAGCUGAAGAAGCUGGUUCAGGUUGUUGAUGCAGCAUGUGCAGAUGUACAGAGAGCCCAGAACAUCUACAACAAACUCUUCUACAGUGCAGUGAAAGUAGAUUUCCUCAGCAUUUCAUACAGGCAGCUGGAAAAACAGGUAGCAGACGAUGUAAAUGUAGCAAUGGAGCGGGUGUGUGGGACGCUGGAGCAGGAGAGCUCCAGACUGACUCAGGCAAUGGGGGAGACCAUCUUUGAGCUUUUCAUGUCCUUGAAAAUCCUCAAAGGCUUUCGGGAGUUUCUUCCUCUCAAAGAUGCCAAAAUGUUGGCCUUGACAGGCUUCCAUAACUGGUUCAAAUCUUCGAUUCAUAAGUGGUUGCAGAUUGUUCAUGAUAGGUCCUGUGACAGGAUCCGUAUAGCAGUGGAAACAGACAAGCUCAUCCCUGUGCAGCAAACCAAGCACAGUUCCUCAGCAGUGGAAGUGACAGCUUGCUUCAGCCAGGUACGCGAGAUCUGGCUCCAGCUGGCCUGGCCAGACUCUGCGGGGGCCUUCAUCUUUGUCACUCGAUUGACAGACAAUUUCUGCAGCGAAGCUGUCUGCUACUCUGAGAUGAUAACACGCAAGGUUGAGAGAAACCAGCAGGGCCGAGACCACAAGAGCUUCACAGUGCAGCUCUGCAUUGCCCUGAACAACACAGAGCAUGUACGUGUUUUCCUGGGUCACUUGCCCCGUGAUCUGGACUGGCCAGGUGUGGAACGGGCCAUGGAGGAGUCCUGUGGAGUGGAGGGGAAGGAGCAGGUUUACAAGGCCCUGAAUGGACAGCUGUUCAAUAUGGACCUAGACCUGCAGAGAGAAGCCAAACGUCUGAUCUCACUGCUCAGUGACAAGAUGUUGCCUGAGUUACGGAGAUACAUCCAGCACAUUAGCCUGUCUCCAGAUUCCAUCAACAAUGAUGAUGCUGUUGCCCCUCUCAUGAAGUACCUUCAAGACACUAUGAUCAUCCUGACGGAAAACCUUGUAAAGGAAAAUCUGACCAGAGUUCUACAAGGCAUGUGGGAGCUGCUCCUGCGGAUGAUCCUGGACACAGUCACAGAAAACAGGGGGGUUCAGGUGGAGUUUUACAACCGCUUCCAGUACACAGUGGAGACCCUGCUGCAGUUCUUCCAUAUGCAGGGAAACGGUCUGUCUCUGGAAGACAUGAAAAGUGGAGACUAUAAGGGCCUGGAUGAAGAGCUCAGACUGAAUAAAUGCUCCUCCUUUGAGCUGAUUGAACAAUAUUAUCUUGAGAAGAUUUCCCACCAGAAAACACUGAAACACACCCGUUAUGGCCGGAUCAGUGUAAAGUGUUACUAUGAUGCUCCGGAGCAGAGGCUGACUGUGGAGAUUCUGCAUGCUGCAGAUAUUAUUGCACUGGAUGCCAAUGGUUUGAGCGACCCUUUCGUCAUAGUGGAGCUUUGUCCUCACCACCUCUUUCCAUUGGCAAAAAGUCAACGCACACAAGUGAAACUGAAGACGCUGCACCCAGUGUUUGAUGAACUCUUUUACUUUCACGUCAGUCCUGAGCAGUACAGACACAGAUAUGCCUGUUUGACCUUCACUGUGAUGGACUAUGACUGGUUGUCCACCAACGACUUCGCCGGCGAAGCCGUCGCUCCUCUCAGCGACUUCUGCUGGCCUGGGAGACCAAAUGCCUCCGCAGCUGGCAAGAGCGUCCAGCCUGUCAUUCUGCACCUGUCGCGCAGUAAACCCAGUGAGAAGCCAAUCAUGAGGAUACUGGAUGCUCGUACCGGAGACAGGGAGGCUCAGGAGUUUGUCCGCAGGCUCAAGGAGAUUGAGAAGUCAAUGGAGGAAGAGUAAAAGCUGUCAGUAUUGGCUGUUUCGGUGUUUUCUGAUAACGUCUUGCGACAUGUGCUUUUGUACUGGUAAAAUGUUUACAAUAUUUGAUUUUUUUUUUCCUCCAAUGUAUUGUUUGUUCAGUAAUUAUACCAAAAUGAAAAGAAAAAAUGAGAAAACAGAGACAUGUUUCACUGUUUUCUAGCUGGGAUGUGAACAUCCUGUCACUGUGCAACCAUAUACUGUCUCAGUUAAACUACAUUUUAGAAUUUAAUGGAUAGUUGAUCCUAAAUGUUAUUAGUCUAUAUUUUUUGUAAUGAAGUAAUUGUUAUCUUUGUUGUAUAAUCUUUGAUAUGAUAGAUUAAAUAUAAAAAAAACUAUUUUGUGGAAGUAGCUCAGAUAUAGCCUAUAGUUGUCAAUCUAAAGUCUAAAUCUAUACCUCAGAUGUGCUCAUUAGUUGCAGGGGAGUUUAACAUUUGUCAAGAGUUUUCAGAUUCUUCACAAACACUGGAGGUAAAUUGCAUCAGAGAUUUGUAAAGAUUUAAAUGCCUGAACUCGCAUUUUUUUCCCAGUUUAUACUGUGGUUUGCCAGGAAACAAUUAUAAGUAAGAAUAGACUCAUCUUGAAGGAAAUCAUGAAGACACCACAUAGCUCUGGGGAGUCUGAGACUUGGAGUUUUCAGGCCAGUCAGAGAUCAGCAGCAGGGAGGUCUGACACUCCCCUGAGGCACACCCCACCGCUUGGGUUCAUUCAGCUUUUCUGAUUGCUCUUCACAAAGCUUGCAGCGGGUCAGUGAAGAAGCCAAAGAUGGUGCUAUGUUAGAGGAAGGAAGACCAGUUCUUUUAAAUCAGUCCCUUGUGUCGGCACAGCACAUUUAAAAUUUUGAAGAUUUUUUUGUCAGCUUUACUGGAAACAGCACAGUAAAAGUUAAUGAUCUACACCAAGAAGUCCUGAUUCCCAAUAACUGCAAGUGAUAAAAGAUAAUACAAUAUUUUGUCACAAUGGAUGGUCAUAUAACAAAAGAUAUUUACCAAGCUAUUUGCUGUUACCAGUUCAUGAAGUGUUCAGAAAGCUUUCUAUCUUUAAAUUAAUUCAUCUGAUUUCUCUGAGGAUAAUCUUUAUAGUUUAUGCUGUGCUGUGAAGCUUAAUGUCUAAAGGUAAAGAUACAAGAAAAGAAGAGGGAAUCUUUGUAGCGGUAUAAUUAUACGUAAAUGUCUUUUCUCGCCUGCAGCUGCUCUCAUUGGCCCAACAGGUAGAAUCCAACAUUAUCUGAUGCCAGUUUCCCAAAGCUGUGUGAGUGACUGAAAGACAGGGAUCUUGAUGCUUUUUCUAAACAAAUGAAAGAAGGAAUUAUUUAAAAGAUUAUUAAAUUGUUGCAUUGUUAUGCAUUUUAAAAAUAAAAAGAAGCAAUUUAAAAAGCACAAAUUAUUUAUAUUGAUUUUACUCUCAGUAGGUCCAAUAGGUCUGUUUUCUGAAAAAUAGUCUUUAAUCUAGAAUAGUUAAGAAUGUAAUAAGGAUACAUAUUUUCAACAAAUUGUGAAAUUGUAACUUUUAAAACAGAAGUUAUGGUCUAAUAAAUCUCUAGUGAGGGUGAUAGCACAGCUUACACCAACAUAAAUGACAGUUUAUAUUUAGAAAAUAAAGUACACUGUUAUUCAACCUCACUUUCUUAGUGUGGGUUAAUUUAAGACUCAUUUUGUCAGGAAACUGGCCCUCAAUGUAGAAAAUGUUUACAACUGAUAAGCAGGUCCAGGUUAAAAUAUUGUGGACUCUUAUCCAUCCUAAGCAAAAGCACCCAAGAAACAAAUGAUGUGGAUAAGAGGAGGUUUUAUUUGUGUAGUAAUAUGUGUUUUCAGAAAAUUAAUGGUUAAACUUGUGGGAGUCAUUAAUGCGUGUAUAAAAGGACAGUUUUACCUUGAACAGCAAGAUUUUAAAUAGGACAUUAUGGAUAGUAGUAACGGACACGUAGUGAAGAAACACUGAAAAAAACACUGUAGCAGGUAGUGAGACCUUAGCACCAAAAUCUUCACACCGACAGCAUUUUGAUAGUGAUGUAAGUUUACAGUAGCUGCUUGUGUAGUGCUUUGUCGUUGCCCUGUGGAUUGUGAGGAUGAAGCACGCAAAACUAUUUCUAUGCCUGGAGGCUGUGUUACAUGACAGGGAUUGUUCAGAUGCUGGAGGAACCUGCUUUAGCUGUGCAAGAAAUCCUUCAGGCAGUCUGAACAUUUGCUUUUAUAUUUUGUUUUGUUUGUUUUUAUAAUAUUUCAGGUUGAAUCUAGAUCAGCAUUAACAUAACUUGUCAGCUUAAUUACAUGAAACAUGAACUUUGCCCACUGUUGUUGAUGAUGUUGAUGAUAAUGGCACUUUAUAGUCAGAUGAAGCUGAAAUUCUUUUUGUAUCACACUUUGUAUCAACAGUUAUUUGAAGAUAUGCAAAAAAACAAAAUUGCAUUCCCAAAAGGAAGUAUUUAAUUAAUCCCUAUUAUCCAUUUAAAGUAGAAUUAAUCUGGAACUUUCUCUCUGGUUUAAUGAUAAAUUUCUUCAUCAGAAUAAGAAUGAGCCUUUAUUGUCAGGUCAUUUUGCACAAACAAGGAAUUUGUCUUGGGUUGAAGGGGUUAAAACAAAAAAAAACAGCAUUCACAGUCAUGUUUCUGCAACAGCUGACCAUAAUGAUUGAUCAGAUUUGUAUUUGAUGGAAUAAUGUUGACCCUUAGAGCCUUGUGCCUCUUUAUUUAGGCUUCUGCCCAAAACGUAUCUCUGUCCAAAAAUAGUAUCUCUCUUGAAUACUUUUUGAGUCAUAGUAAAGGGUACUCUUGUCAGAUUUGUCAAGAAGUGCACAUAUGUGUUACUGGUGAGUAAAUAAAGAUGACAUGUUGCACAAAUGAAAAAAAGCUUCAGGCUUGCCUUAAAAAAAAAAAAAAAAAAAAAAAAAAAAAAAGUGAAAAUCAGUAUUUCUCUGGAAAGAUGUAGCUCUAAACCUCAUACAAAUCUUUGUGUAAUAUGUGAACAUUAUUUCUGCAAAUGCCAACUCUGAUAAAAAUUAAGCAGAAGAAGAUCAGAGGCGUUAGUACAGUCUGCAAAAUGGUUGUUUGGGCAAUUUGGCAACACCUGUUCUCAAAGGUCCCUCUCAAUGGAUGUACGGUUUUAAAGGGUUGAAGUUGGAAACAAACACAUGUACCUUAAAAUACCUCAAUACUUAACACUCAAAAUCCCAGAAUUACAAACAGAAAAUAAAAAAACUGACAAAAAUCUAUUUACUCGCCCCAUGUACCCAUGAAUAUGGAUUUUAAGUGUGAUAUUUUAAUAGUGAACAGUGUUCAGGUGGUAUUUUACUGUAUUGGUCUCAAAACUAUCAUUUUGGUCUAUUAUUUACAAAAGAAAAAAAAAAAAGAAAAUGCAACCUCAUUAAAAAUAAAUGAAUAAUUAAACAGCUGUUAUAUUUUCAACUAAAUCUUAUAUUAUCCUGUGUAAUAAAAUCUGUUCACUUACAUCUUUGGAACAGCAUUGUUCAGUGGGACUAUUUUAAAUUCAGAUUCCUUUUUUAUAAAACUGUCUGUGCUCACAGUAUGCAUAACGUCUUUAGAUUACCCUUUAAAAGGUGAUCUAUUUAGUAUUAGUUCCGUAAAUUGAUUUCAUCUGGCAAUUUUUCAAAACUAUUAUAUCUGUAGUUUUUUUUGUCAGCAUGAAAAAAGCAGCUAACUUUAUGGCCUUAGUAAACUGUGAGGUAACAUGAUCUCAUGCCUUAGCUUUACAAUUGUCAGUGCCAACAUGAUUUUUUUAAGCACACAUGAUAUAGAACUAUUGUUUAUUUUUAGAAAGGCACCAUGGAUUAUCACUCAGAUUUACCAUACAGAUUUAAAGGCAACAGCUGGUGAAAAGUAUGUAUAAGAGGUAAAACACCUUCAGUUUGUUAUUGUAAAAGUGAAUUUUUUGUCCUUGAAUUGUAAACGCCUGUGUUGCUGUUUAUUGAAUUAUACCUUUGGGAGAUGUCCAUGUCCCCAAUAAAGAUUGCAUUUAAAUUUCA